AUGGCAAUGAUGGUAUAUCGGACAUGCCAGCAGGUUGAGGGUGGCCUCCCUGCUGCUGUUCAGUCGCAGAUGGUGUUUAACAUCGUCAUUGACUUCUUUAUCGGUCUUGUGCCUCUGUUUUCCCGCGCCAACACCAAAAACGCUGCUGUACUGGAGAAACAUCUUCGUGCUAAGGGACAGGCCAGGCUCAAAUCCCAGGGCGCCGCGUUGCCCACCGUCGACCCUAGCGAUCCGGACGAAUUCGACCGCCUGGUGGCCAGCGGUCCACCUCCAGUGUAUACUGCAAACGAACCAUCACAACAGCCUCCGAUGCCUCAAACAGCUCCAUCGGGAACUCAGCGUCAAAAACCUUCGGGCACAACUAAUACGGCCUCAACAACAACCCAGAGUAGCGGCGGGUGGUUCGGCUUUGGAAAGAAAAGCAAGCAGCCGGACGUCGAGAGCGGCGCCGAACAACGGCAUGGCGAUACGCCACUCUCCAACUUGCCGUCCCGUCCUGCCAGAGAACCAAGCACGCGUCAGAAACCAGUUCGAACUCGGUAG